AACACUUUUAAGAAUCAAUCAUCAAUUGAUUAGGACACCCGUACAUGAAAAAACUUAUUUAUGAUCCUCCAAAAGAUUCGCAUUACGAUCUUUUCAUCGCUGUUUUAUUCUACUUGAAUAUGCCAAUAAUUGGCACGGUAACCCCGCCUCUAAUGAAUUGGCAUUUUGGUGGAUUCGGUACUUCAGCUAAUUUAGCAACAUAUUCAAGUAUAUUCUCUUCAUACGCUACUCUAAUGACAUUCUUCAGACGUUUAGGAAACAUGAUUCUUUAUAAACGUAUAGCGUAUAAUUUUAUCAAAUUUACUGGGGUCUAGCAUAUGUAUGUCGAGAAAUAUUUUGGAUCUGGGCUACCGAAUAUGUACGAUUUGCCAAAAUACUUUUUUCUGGUGCUUGCCAAUCAUGAUGUGUCAUUUAGUGGAAUGAUGUCUUUUGCUCCAAAAGUCAACUUUGGAAGGCUUAUACGUUGUCAAUCACAACGAGACCUCAUCGUCGGUAUUUACAACUCUAACAGCAAUCAAAUCAGUUUUCAUUUUUCAACGUUCUAUUGUAGCUAUUAAUCAUUUUAUAUAUAUAACAAUCUCUAAUUAGAUAGUUCAAAAAUGACUGGAUGAGAGCAAACAUGGCUGCAUAUACUUUUCUUGCGGGUCGUUUGCCAGAAUAGAGACGAUUCCAAGAUACAUUAUCGGAGCUUUCUAUAAAUCGAUCAACCUCACCAGUUCGUGUCCUCUGAAAAAUCGCGAAACCAGAAGAGCUACCUUCAGGACUCCCGCCUUUACUCAUCCAUGGUUGCAACAAAUAGCUGAUUUGAUUUAGAAGGAUCAAUACCGUCACUUUUAAAUAAUAUAUCUUUCGCCUCCAUAACAAAGAUGCACGACCAUGAGGUAUCGAUGAAGUAUUGGUUCAAACGAGAUCAAGAACGUCUUUGCGACUUAAUCGGAAGUCCUCUAUUUCAAAAAUUACUGCGAAGCCCUCCGCUAGAUCCAGCAUACGAUCUUCUAAUUACUGAGCUGUCAAUAGUGCACUGUUACAUCCCAUUCGGACCACACCUAGAUAUUCCUGUAAUCGGAAUCGUAACAACACCUCUAUGUGACUAUCAAUACGAUGGCUUCGGGGCUACGAAAAAUUUAGCGGUUCAGAGAAGUAUGUUCUCAGCGUACAGCGAAUCGAUGUUAUUUUUUGAACGCGUAGAAAAUUACUUGAACUAUCAUCGUGCGAUACGUAAUUACAAUGACUAUACGCGACCGCAAGAAAAAUACAUAAGAAAAUACUUCGGAGAAGGCUAUCCCGGUAUUAUAAAUUUGCCAAGACAUGUUUCGCUCGUUCUCAUCAAUCAUGACAUAUCAAUCGAUGGAAUAGAGUCAUUUGCACCGAAAGUUAUACCUGUUGGAGGAUUACAUAUCGUUGAUCAUAAUGAAAGUUUGCCGAAGGCAGUUCAAAGCUGGCUCGAUGAAAGCACAGAUGGGUGCAUUUAUUUUUCAUUUGGAUCGAUGAUCAGGAUUGAAACGUUUCCAAGGCACAUACUCAAUGCGUUUUACAAGUCCUUCGAGAAUGUCAAACCAGUGCGGGUGCUAUUGAAAAUUACCAAGCCGGAAGAGCUACCCCCCGGUCUCCCUUCGAACGUUCUUACUCGGCCGUGGUUUCAACAAAUAGCUGUUUUAAAACACCGAAACGUAAAGGCCUUCGUGACUCACGGUGGUUUGAUGGGAACGCAGGAAGCAAUAUACUACGGAAUACCAAUGGUUGGGGUGCCUAUGCUAGGUGAUCAAUCUCUGAAUAUCAAGAAAUACGUCGCGAAAGGUGUAGCUACCACUGUCGGGUUCCAGGACAUAACCGAGCAGACGUUCACCUGCGCAAUCAAGCAAGUUUUGAAAAAUCCUCUUUACAGACAGUCUCUUCAACGAUUAAGUAAACAAUUUCGAGAUCGACCGAUGCCACCAUUAGAAACUGCCAUUUAUUGGAUAGAGUAUAUUCAUCGUCAUGGGAAAAAUGCACUCAAGUCGUCCAUUGAAGAUAUGCCGUGGUGGCAAGCAUCACUUUUAGACGUGUAUGCUUUUAUUGCUGGAUCCUUUUUGAUAGCUCUGUAUAUUUUCAUCAAACUGUUUCAAAUGUUAAGAAAUUUAUGUUCGAAAAAAUUAGAUAUUAAAUCAAGUACAAACAAGAAAGACAACUGAUGCCGGGAAGAAACUUUUACUUACACUUGUGUGUGUUAUUAUAUUUUACGGAUAAGGCUGACAUCGAAGUAUGGAAAUAAUUUAUAGCAAGUUUUUAGAAAUAAAGGUUUUUAUUAAUAUUAUUCUUCCAGUUACAUAAGAAUACAAACAUUCUUUUAGCAUACUUUGAUAUGAACGCGAUAAAAAAAAUCAAUUUGUUUCUAUGUCCAACUAUAUUAACAAGGCGUUGAUAACGAGAGAAACAUAAAAUUUUGCUAAUAAUACACUUCUCGGUCGUUCACAUACUAUGUCAAACGCUAGUGAUAGUACAAUAGUUCAAGGUUUUAUGUGGAAUUGGAAUGCAGCAAACUGACCAAAGCUUUUAUUAGUGUGAAAUCAAAAAAUAUUACAUUAGCAUUCUUCAAUGCAUAUAACUCGUAUACAUAUGCUCUAUAUAGUGCCGCGACAAAACAGCAUUAUAUGAGUCAGAAAAGAACAAUAAAACUGAGAUGUCAGUGCAACAUGUUAAUUGAAAAUACGAAUGUUUUUGAUAAUAAAUUGA